AUGGCUUUGAUUCUGAUGCAGUACAUUCCUUCUACCCGAGCAAGAAGACAAUCAGCUGACUCUCAGCAGACACCAGCGUACAAGGAUCUAGUCUGGCACAACUGCUAUGGAGACUUCAAAUGUGCGCGGCUCGAAGUGCCAAUGGACUGGCACGGGACUUCAGAAGAAGCCUCCAAGACCGUCGAGUUGGCAUUGGUAAAGGUGGAUGCGCUGGUGCCAAUUACGGAUAAGAAUUAUGGCGGCGCUGUUGUGCUGAAUCCUGGUGGCCCUGGUGGCUCGGGCGUUGGUCAAGUACUUAGGGGUGGUCACCAUGUUCAGAAGAUCCUCUCUGCUGGGCCAGAUGCAGAUGAACAUACGGCAAAGUACUUCGACAUCAUCGGCUUCGACCCAAGAGGAGUCAACAACACUCGCCCGCUCUUUACAUGCUUCCCUGACCACCUCGCCGCAGCAGCAUGGGCGUUGGAAGAGGACGCCAAUGGCUUCAUGGACACCUCAGAUAUCGCUUUCGACAACGUCUGGGCAAGCAAGCGAGCGAUGGCUGAAGGUUGUAGCAAGCGAUGGGCUGAGGAGGGUCUCGCAAAGCAUAUGGACACAGCACCGGUUGCGAGAGAUAUCGUCGAGAUCUUUGAGCGGCACGGCGAGUGGCGAGAGAAGGAGGCGAAGUGGCUGCUGUCUCUUCCGGAGGCUGCUUCGUAUUCGGAAGCAGAUCGUGAGGAGAUGGCUGCCCGAACGAAAUACAAGCCUGGCAAGGAGAUGGUACAGUAUUGGGGCUUUAGCUACGGGACCAUCCUCGGAAGCCAUCUCGCGACAAUGUACCCCGACCGUAUCCACCGCGCAGUCCUCGACGGCGUGGCAGACUCCCACGACUACAUGGCCGCCGGCUGGACGACUAAUCUCCGCGACACUGACAUGCUUGUCGCCAAAUUCGCCGAGUACUGCCACGAAGGUGGGCCGGGCCACUGUGCAAUGUACCACGAAGACGGCCCAGCAGUCAUCGCAGGGAAUGUCCAGAAAGCCAUGACCGCUUUGAAACACAACCCUAUUUCUGUAUCAGGCAACAGCACCUACGGCCCAGAGAUAGUGACGGACAACGAUCUCAAGCGGCUCCUGCGGGAUAUCGUCUACAAUCCGCUCCGCGAACUACCCACGACCGCGCAAGUCAUGCACGAGAUCUUGCAAGGCUCGGCACCCACCCUCGCGGACUGGAAAAGGAAAUCACGCCCUGCCAUCGGUGAGUCGCUAAGCUACGAAUGCGAGCGAGACGGUCCGUAUUCUGCUUCUUGCCAUACAACGAGCCAGUCCUCUAUGAUUCAGUGGGAAGCUACCUACGGCAUCGCCUGCACAGACGGCUCACCUCGGACCGGCGAAACAAAGGAGGAGUUCAAGCAGUACGCGGAUAAACUCAUGGCAUCAAGCGGUCUCAUCGGCGCAGCAUGGGCGUCGAUAAUGCUGCCUUGCACGUCAUGGCAUGCGCGUCCGCAUUGGCGGUAUGAUGGGAACUUCCACAAUACCACCGCGCACCCUAUCUUAUUCGUGGGCAAUACAUUCGACCCUGUCACGCCACUGCAUAACGCCUUCGUCAUGGCUAAGGGUUUCGAAGGGGCCGGGGUGUUGCAUCAGGAUUCAGAGGGGCAUUGCACGUAUGCUAGUCCGAGUAUGUGUUCGGGCAGAGCUCUGCGGGAGUACUUCCAGACCGGGACGUUGCCGGGGAAGAUGGGAGGGCUUGAGGACUGGGAAGGGAUGGGGAAGGUUUGUGGGGUUGAUAGGGUGCCUUUCGAUGGGUAUGAGAAGGGGAGCACACCGGGGCUGCCGGAGGGUGAGACGGAUCGGGAGUUGUGGGAGGCGAUGGUUGGGUUGAAUCAGGUGUGGCCGUGA